CCCGACCCUCCUCGCAAGCCCCCCCCGCCGCCAGCCCUCCCCCUCGCACCGCCAUGGCCGACGAGCUCGACUUCACCACGGGCGAUGCCGGCGCCUCCUCCACCUACCCCAUGCAGUGCUCGGCGCUGCGCAAGAACGGCUUCGUGGUGCUCAAGGGGCGCCCCUGCAAGAUCGUGGAGAUGUCCACCUCCAAGACCGGCAAGCACGGCCACGCCAAGGUCCAUUUGGUUGGUAUUGAUAUCUUCACUGGUAAAAAAUAUGAAGAUAUUUGCCCAUCAACUCAUAACAUGGAUGUUCCAAAUAUCAAGAGGAAUGAUUACCAGCUGAUAGGCAUUCAGGAUGGGUAUCUCUCCCUGCUGACAGAAAGUGGUGAAGUUCGUGAGGAUCUAAAGUUGCCAGAAGGGGACCUUGGCAAAGAAAUUGAAGGAAAAUUCAAUGCCAAUGAAGAUGUGCAGAUAUCUGUCAUAAGUGCAAUGAAUGAAGAAUGUGCUGUAGCCAUAAAGCCUUGCAAGUAAAGAAGAUCGCCAGGCUCGGGCAACUGCUCAGGUCUGGACAAACCACAGAUCUAUAAAUUUGGUCCUUAUUGUCACCAAAGCUCUGGCCUUCACAAGCAACCUCAUUUCCUUUUUGAAUUGUUAAAAAGCAGUGCUGGAUUCUGGAUUAGUGUUGCAGGCUAACUGGCAGUUUUCAAAAUCACUGAGAUUUUAAUUCCUUAAUUGUUAACUAUUUUAACAUUCCUGUGGGUUUCAGCUAUGGAUCUAAGAAACCAAUCAGGUGUUACUAGUGGAUAUAUUUUUAUUUGCUUGAGCAAAACAGUGUUUGUCUGUAUGAACAGACAAAAUACAGUAUUCAGGGGCUUUUAGAUAAGCUGGUAGGUAUCUAGGAUUAUAAAAUGACCUAGAGCACAAAUAGUAUUUUUCUUGACAUCUUUAGGUAGAACUGACAAUAAAAGUAGCUUCUUUUUUUUUUCUUUUUUUUUUUUUUUUUUCUUUUUUUUAAAGCUUAAGUACUUUGUGGAUUGGGACUCUUGCAGAACUGUAGGUGCCAAUCACAACUUUUAGACCAAGAAACUCAAGUGAUCAGAAAUGCCAGCUGGCUUGACCAAGCCCCAGUGGCCAUGUGCAACUAAACUGUAUUACCUCUGUUUUCUUCUUUGCCAACUUGUUGGCUUAUUGUAACGAUAAAAUGGUUUAAAAAAAAAAAAAGCCUACCUGUGGUUUAGGGAGGCUGUUGGAAUAUUGAAUAGAUAAGACAUAGAUAGGUCAAGGGGACACAAAGGUGAGAAUGGAUGUUAAAGCUAUAGACUUUCACUCGAGGCCUUUGUCAGACUUGAAAAAUAAAAUAGAAAAAUGCAGUUCAA